AUGUCUGCCCUUGCCAUGGACUGUACUCAUCUUCGCCCGCGGCGAUUUGCCCCGCUUGAUGCCGGGAAACCGUCAGAUGCCCCGGUGUUGAAGGGUAUCGUCUUCGAUGUGGAUGGGACUUUGUGUUUACCACAACACCACAUGUUCACCGAAAUGAGAGAUGCUCUCGACAUCGACAAGUCCAUCGACAUCCUCCACCAUAUCCGCGAGCUCCCCACACCCGAAGACCGUGCUGCAGCUGUUGCCAAGGUCCAAGCCGUCGAACGGCGAGCCAUGCUGGAGCAACAGCCCCAACCAGGCCUGUCAAAGCUAAUGGAUUACCUGCAAUCCCGCGGUAUACGACGAGCACUCUGUACACGAAACUUCGAGGCCCCGGUCCAAUAUCUCAUUCAGAAUCAUCUCCCCAGCCACAUAUUCCUUCCCAUCAUCACUCGCGAUACCCCCCAUUUGCUUCCCAAGCCUGAUCCAGCGGGCAUUCUGCAUAUCGCCGGCGAAUGGGGUUUGACUAAUCGGGCGGAGAAUAUGAUCAUGGUUGGAGAUAGCAUUGACGACAUGACUUCCGGACACGCGGCCGGGGCGGCAACCGUGUUGCUGCUGAAUGAGCGGAAUAGUCAUCUCCGCGAGCAUGCUCAUACGGAUCUCUGCAUUAAUCGCCUGGAUGACUUGAUUGAUAUCCUGGAGGGAGGAUUCCUUGGUCGGGAAGAGAAUGAUGUGCAUGAGGAGAACUAG